UCUUGUCUCAUGUCUGCCCCCUGUAGUUUCAGCCUCAGUGUGUGGUGUGCACAGAGUGGAAACGUGAGAUCUUGAGGCAUCAUGUCAACAGAAAUGGAGAUGUGCACUGGGGAAACUGCCGGCCUGGCCUCUGGCCUGUGGACGCUUGGGAGGUAGCCAAGGCCUUCAUGCCUCGAGGACUGGCAGACAAACGAGGACCUGAAGAAUGUGAUGCAGUUGCUCUUUUAAGUCUCAUCAAUUGCUGUGAUCACUUCGUGGUUGAUCGGAAGAAAGUCACAGAGGUAAUUAAGUGUCGGAAUGAGAUAAUGCACUCUUCAGAGAUGAAAGUAUCGUCUACAUGGCUUCAAGAUUUUCAGAUAAAGAUCCAACAUUUUCUGAAUGAAUUCAAGAAUAUUCCAGAGAUUGAAGCAGUACAUUCCAGAAUAGAACAGCUGUUGACAUCUGACUGGGCUGUUCACAUUCCUGAGGAAGAUGAACGAGAUGGGUGUAAAUUUGAAAUAGGAAGUUACUUGAGUGUGAGCCAAAUCCAUGAAAUUGAAAUGGAAUUGCUGAAGGAAAAACUGCAAGAUAUGUAUCUUCAAGCAGCAGAAGAAGAGGUGUUGCCCGAAGAGGUCUCAAAUCGACUGGAUGCGGUGAAAGAGUUUUUGAAAAACAACACAGACCUCAGAAUUGGCCUUACAGAAGACAUGCAGAAGCUAGACAGUUUCCAUCUACAGCAUCAAAAACAAAUUUCAAAGGACACUGAGAGUCAGACACCUGAAAGGAAGGCUUGAGGUCAAUGGCAUUAGACUGCUUCGGUCACCUUUGGACUUUACUGUAUUCCCAAAACUGCCUACAAGAAAUGCUCCAUGCCAAGGCUCAGCAAAGAUGAUUUCGCGCCUUUACCUGAUCAGCUGCCUCCCAAGAUUGAUUCUGCAGAGAGUGGGU